CAUGCUCAUUUUGUCUGAAAUUCCAGUAAUUCUGUUUGUGCUUAUUUCUGCAGACCUUGGAUUAAAAGGAUUUGGUACAAAACAACAAACCCACCCGAGCUGGAUAUAAACAGGAAGUUCCUAUGAAGGAGUAUGCAGUGAACUGCCUGUUGUCUGAAAUGGAUAAAAGGUUGCAGAGACCAAAACGACUGAAACUAUGGAACAAAACACUGGAAAAAGACUGCAGAGAGAAAGAAGAAAUGCAGAAUGUGUGUGCUACAAAUGGGGGAACAGAGCAGUGCUGUGGGCAGCACAGACGGAGACUGGAGUUGUUUUGCCAGGAGGAUGAGGCAUUUAUUUGUGUCCUGUGUGUUCCUAGGCAUUCAUGUCACAGUUUUGUGUUCCUGCAUGAUGCAGUCAGUGUGUAUAAGGACAAAGUUAAAAGAGCCUUGUCAUCCAUCAGAUCCAAAGUUGGUGCUUUAAGAAAUGUACGAAAGAAGAGUGAGAAGGAACUCAAAGUCACGCAUGAAGAUGCUUAUAGUUUGCAACAAUACAUUAAUCAAGAGUUUGCAAAACUACAUCAGUUUCUCCAUGAAAAGGAGCAGAAACUCAUUCAGCAACUUAAGACAGAAGAAGAAAAAGCUCAGAAUGAAAUAGAAAAAAACCUUGACUACAUCAAAAGUGAUGUUAUAUCCACCAACAUUACAGUGGUUGAUGCCAGCUUGGAUCUCAAUAAAUUAGUCGUAGAGACUCGAGAUGAAAAGGAAGAAAACAAUUUAUGCAUUAAAAAUCAUGUCAUGGCCUUUCAGGAAACAGUACCUCAUAACUCAGAAGUUGAAAAAGUACCGGUAUUGUUUGAGGAUGUUGCUAUUUCUUUCUCAGAAGAGGAGUGGCAGAUGUUAAGAAAAGAAGACAAGGAGCUUCACAGGGAAGUGAUGACACAGAACUAUGAAGCCUUAAUUUCUAUUGGAUCGGAAGUCCCAUCAGAGAAAUUAUUAUUGCUUCUUAAAGAAGGUUAUGGUGAACUACCACAGGAUGAUGAUGAUGAUGUGAGAAAAAAUGCCACAGAAAAGAAUGAUAACCCUGAGCACAAGCUGAAGAGAUCUGAAGUCCCAUCAGAGAAAUUAUUAUUGCUUCCUAAAGAAGGUUAUGGUGAACUGCCGCAGGAUGAUGAUGUCAGAAAAAAUGCCACAGAAAAGAACGAUAAGCCUGAGCACAAGCUGAAGAAUGACAGAAGCACAGAUAGCAGCGUGAUUUGCCACCAGCAGGAACCACUUGCAACACCCCUGUUACAUCUCCCUAUGGGCAACCUGCAGCACUGUGCUCAACCUGUGAAGGCUACCGACAGGAUUCAUUUUACGCCUGCAGCACCAUUUCACUCGGAGUUUAACUGUAGCAAGAGCUGUGAAUUGAAUGCAAGUCUUGCUUUGCAACAAGUUCCAGUAGUACACCAGCCAUCUUGUACAAAGGACAAACCAUAUAAAUGUCCUGAGUGCAGUAAGUGUUUUACACAGAGUUCUGUUAUGAAGCGCCAUAUGGCUAGCCACACAAGAGCAAAACCAUACAAGUGUACUGAAUGCAGUAAGUGUUUUUCAUGUAGAAGUCACCUGAUACAACACCAGCUCAUUCAUACAGGUGCAAAGCCGUAUAAAUGCACUCAAUGUAGUAAGUGUUUUAGACAGAAUUCUACUAUGAAGCGUCAUAUGACUGUUCACACAGGAGCAAAACCAUACAAGUGUACUGAAUGCAGUAAGUGUUUUACACAGAGUUCUCAAAUGAGAAGUCAUAUGGCUAUUCACACAGGAGCAAAACCAUACAAGUGUACUGAAUGCAGUAAGUGUUUUACACAGAGGUCUCAUGUGAUAUGUCACAUGGCUACUCACACAGGAGCAAAACCAUACAAGUGUACUGAAUGCAGUAAGUGUUAUAAACAGCGUUAUACUAUGAUGCGCCAUAUGGCUAUUCACACAAAACAAUACAAGUGUACUGAAUGCAGUAAGUGUUUUUCAUGUAGAAGUUACCUGAUACAACACCAGCUCAUUCAUACAGGUGCAAAGCCAUAUAAAUGCACUGAAUGUAGUAAGCGUUUCACACAUUCACAAAGUUUAGUACAUCACCAAGUCACUCAUACAGGUGCAAAGCCAUAUAAAUGCACUGAAUGCAGUAAGUGUUUUACACAGAAUUCUAGUAUGAUGCGCCAUAUGGCUGUUCACAAAGAAGCAAAACCAUACAAGUGUACUGAAUGCAGUAAGUGUUUUACAUACAGUACUAGUGUGACACGCCAUAUGACUAUUCACACAAGAGUAAAACCAUAUAAGUGUACUGAAUGUAGUAAGUGUUUUUCAUGUAAAAGAAAAAUGAUACACCACCAGGCCACUCACACAAAGGAGAAACUGUAUAAAUGUUCUGAAUGUAAUAAGGGUUUCAUGCGCCAAAAAAGCCUAAUUUCUCAUCAGACUAUUCACGUGGAGAGCAAACCAUAUAAGUGUACUGAAUGCAGUAAGUCUUUUUCAUGGCGUAGUAGCUUGGUCCACCAUCGUGCCAUUCAUACAGGAAAGAAACCAUAUAAAUGUACUGAGUGCAAUAAAUGUUUUUUAUAUAAUUGUUACCUGAUUCAGCAUCAAGCCAUUCACAGAGGAGAAAAAACAUAUAAAUGUGCUGAAUGAAGUAAGUGUUUCACACACCCAAGUGGUCUAUUCUAUCAUAAGGUCAUUCACAUGCAGUAGAAAGUCAUUAUUGGGCACUUUGUGGUUACUGCAAAGAGCAAUUCUGGCUGACAUCAAAGAUUGAAACCAUGCUAAUUUUGUGAACUUUAGUCACACCUUGACUUAGCAUUGGGGUCCAUUCCUGUCGUGGUAUUAGAAACCCAAAACACUUUGAGAAAUUAAAAGAAAAGGAAGAAAGCAGUCCUUACAAAUAUCAAAGACUCCAGGCAAUCACAAUAUUAAAAAUCAUUAAAAUUUGCAGCAAUUAGGAGAAGAUUCUGUAUAAAUGUUCUGGAUGCCUUUCACAUAGCAGUACAUUGUACCGUCAGAUAAUCCACACAAUGGAACAAGUCCUAAUGGAGAUAAGGAAUUUGCAAGAACAAGCGAGUAAUGUAUGUGGAACUGAAUUAAUCUUCAGUCCUUUGCUAGUACCUUCAUGUGAAUGAACUUCUACAAAAUCUCACCACCGAGAUGAUACUGAUGUGUACUAUGUUUUAUAUAUCAUGGAGAAAAAUGGUGUAAAAAAGAACACUAGGAACCACAUGUUCUAGUAUAAUUACCCAGACCUGAUAACAGGCAGUGGUGCCAGGGCUGGAAAAAUACUGCAGAUUACUCGGAACCCAGAAACAUUUCUACCAAACUGAGCCAUGUUGUGAAUCUUCUCCUGUUUAGAAGGAAGCAGCAGUCCAAGAAAAAAAAAAAACUGAUAGACUAAUCAAAAGAGCUACAAAGUGGACUGUUUUGUAUAAAAAAAGAGAGAUAAUAUAUGUUAUUUCUGUUAUAUAACAAAUUCAUAACUUCCACAGGUGGAUAUAUAGCAAAAGUAAGAAAGAAGUUGUUGGAGGAGAGAAAACAUUCACAUCAGAAAAACUGUUAAAAGCAACAGAUGACAUUUAAAACCUUUAACACAAAACACAGAAUCACAAGACUUGGAUAAAGGAGCACCUGGCUAUCUAGAAAACGUGAUUAAAACAAAAACAAAAGCUAUUAAAAAUCACAAAAUGUAGUAUGGACUUG